AUGAGCCCGCCUCCAGCACGACGCACUGCAGCUGAGCCCGUCCACACCGCCGGAACGUCCAGGCAGCAAGAGGAUCACGGGAACAGAGAAGCAGAUCAACAGUCAGUGCUGUUGGCAACAGCACGAGUAAAAGUCAUAUCACCGAGAGGAUUCACGACAAAAGCCAGAGCACUCAUCGACCAGGGUUCAGAGGUAUCGUUUAUCUCCGAACAAUUAGUUAAUCAACUGCAUUUACAGAGAAGAGCAUCAACAGUGGAGCUAGUGGGAAUUAGUGGAAUUAAAUCAGGACACACUAGAGGAAUAGUUUCAGUCAUUCUACAAGCGAGCCAUGGGACUUAUCAACUGCAACUCAACGCCCACAUUCUAAAGAAGCUCACCGCAAUAAUUCCGUCAUUUUCAUGCUCAUCAGCGAGGAUCGGCUCACUUCAGAAUCUUCACCUAGCCGAUCCCCAUUAUCUGAGGCCUGGACCAAUCGCCAUCAUACUAGGGGCUGACAACUAUGGGCGGAUCAUCAUGGAUGAAGUUGUCAAGUCAGAGCAAUCGAGAGUAGUUGGCCAACGUACAGUAUUCGGUUGGAUACUAUCCGGACCAAUCGAAUGCACAAAUUGUUCAAUAAAGGUAUCUCUAUCAGCUGUACGAGAAUCUUCGAAUGAACAACUUCUAGAGCUUCUCCAGAAAUUUUGGGUCCAGGAAGGACUGCCAAACGAGAGAUCAUCAACAUCAGAGCUUUCACCAGAUGAGUACGAGUGCGAGAUGCACUUUAGAGCAACUCAUAGCAGAGACAACACCGGGCGAUACAUCGUGAGACUGCCCCUCAAAACUUCAGCAGCAGCGCUCGGAGAAUCGAAAUUCAAAGCAGCACGUCAACUCAAAUCGAUCGUGAGUCGACUCAACACAGAUCAAGCAUACUCCCAGUUGUACAGAGAGUUCAUCAACAAGUACGCAGCACUGGGGCACAUGAGAAUAGCACCAGAGACUCCAGAACCCGUGCCAGCCUACUAUCUUCCACAUCACGGGGUAUUGAGAGAGGAGGCCAUCACAACGAAGCUGAGAGUCGUAUUCAAUGGCUCCAGCCCUAGUUCAUCAGGUAUGUCACUUAACGAUAUACUGUAUUCUGGUGAAAAAUUGGAGAACGAUGCCAUGGUUAUCCUGACUUGGAUGAGGAGGCACAGGCUCGUGUUUGGCACGGAUAUUGUCAAGAUGUUCCGUCAGAUACGAGUUCACCAAGAUGACUGGGAUCUUCAGAGAAUCCUGUGGAUCGACGAGAAUCAACAACCAGUCACCUACCAGUUAACGACAAGACAGAAGACGGUCUCAAGGAGAUCGCAAGGCAACUACAAGGGUUUUGCCAUGCAGGAGGCUUCUCUCUACAGAAGUGGAGCAGCAAUUGUCCAGAGGCUCUGCAUGAGUUGGGCCUAUCAACGGAAGAAGAAAUUAUCUAGUUCGAGGAGUCAGUCACCAAGGUACUUGGAUUGUGUUGGCAUCAAUCCACCGACACAUUCCGACGAGUAUAUUCAACGCUGGAAGAUAUUCCGAGAGAAUCUUAACGACCUAGACAGAGUAACUGUACCUAGAUGGCUGAGAAUUUCAACAGAGACACUCAACAUCCAAAUUCAUGGAUUUGCAGAUGCUUCAACAGUAGCCAUGAGUACAGUGGUGUAUAUUCGCACCAAAACCAUCAACGACUCGACAUCAACAGUGCUGGCAUGCGCGAAGACGAAGGUAGCACCACUCAAGCGCAUGACCAUCCCUCGUCUAGAGCUCACAGCGGCUCUUCUACUGACUCAGCUAGUGGCAUCAACGAAGCAAAUGCUCCAACUCGACCAGGUAGAUACCUAUCUCUGGGCUGAUUCUUCAGUAGCACUAGCUUGGAUCAGGAGCCACGCAUCAAGAUGGAAGGACUUCGUCCACAACAGGGUCGUCAAGAUCCAGGAAACUCUCCCGAAUGCCACCUGGAGACAUGUCAGUGGAAAGGAGAAUCCAGCUGAUUGUGCCUCCAGAGCCAUCGACAUCCCAGAGGUGGCCAGAGAAGCAAAACCAGCACCAGCACAUCCAGUUGCAAUUAAAAUCAACGAAAUCGCAGAGCUACUCAACAAGUAUCAGACGAUGGCUAAAUUGCUAGCCGUAACAGCUACGGUCAACAGAGCUAUCGACAGAUUCAGGAGGCAGCCAAUGCCCCCGGGACCUGUCUUGACGACAAGAGAACUCAACGACGCGAGGUUAUUUUGGUCACGCCUCACCACACUAGUCAUCGAAGAAGCUCACCACAAAACACUCCACGGAGGAACUCAACUCACCUUGGCCUACACACGUCAAAGGUACUGGAUAAUCGGCGGCAGAGGCACAGUUAGAGCGUAUAUUCAACGCUGUGCCAUCUGCACCAGACACCGAGGAAGACAGGCCCAGCAACCGAUGGGUCCACUACCAGCAACGAGAUUCCCACCAGCAAGAGCAUUUCUCCACACAGGGGUGGACUAUGCAGGACCAUUCACCAUCCUCAAAUGGAGACCAACGAAUGCACAAUCAGGUGACAAUUCCACUACCUUCGUAGGCGCAGCAGAGGUCCUAGACAAGAUCUAUCACCGAGCAUCCAGAAAAAAUCAGCAGGUUCAGGCUGCUCUCGCCACCAAUGGGACUCAAUGGAGCUUUUCACCACCACGAGCACCCCAUUUUGGUGGCCAGUGGGAAGCAGCCGUGAAAUCAACAAAGUAUCACCUUAGAAGAGUCUUGGGGACAACAACACUCACAUUUGAGGAACUCAACAGUGUCGUAAUACAGAUAGAGGCCUGCCUAAAUUCCAGGCCAAUCUGUCGCAUGUCAGAUGAUCCAGACGAUCUCCAAGUACUCACCCCAGGACACUUCUUGAUAGGUGAGCCUCUUCAACUGAUUCCAAAGCCAUCAAUCAUCGACAAGAACCCCAGCAACCUGCAGAGAUGGAACCUGGUAACGCAGCUAACUCAACAAUUCUGGUUCAGGUGGGCCAAAGAGUGUCUUCAACGUUAUCAAGCAAUCUAUAAGUGGACACAUCGAGAAGAGAACAUCAAGGUUGGCGACAUGGUGCUGAUGAUCGACGAAAAUUAUCCAUUAGCACAAUGGCCAAUCGGACGAGUCAUUGCGAUACGCCCAGGAGCAGAUGGGCUAACGAAAGUCGCAACCAUAAGAACCGCAAAAGCAGAAGUACCAAGGCAGGCAGAUGGAUCACCAAUCAUACAAAACAUCAGAACAAUCUACACAGAGCUUGACAGACCAAUCACCAAGCUUUGCCUACUGCCAUCAGAUCCACCACCUCCAGAUCAACCUCCAGAUGAUGAUGCAGAAGAAGCUCAACAGGAUUAG